AUGCCUUCUGUUCAGAGCACCAAGGGCGGAAAACAGAAGUUGGCUCCUGAAAAGGAGCGAUUUUUGCAAUGUUGCGGAGACAUUUCGCUCGAGCUUGUAGCUUCCCUCAAGAACUCCAAAGACAUCAACUUGAACGGCUUGAUCAUCAGGUAUGCGAAAAAGUACAAGUUGAAGCAGCAGCCCAGACUAACGGAUAUCAUCUCGUCCAUCCCAGACCAGUACAAGAAGUACUUAAUUCCAAAGCUCAAGGCCAAACCGGUCCGUACCGCAUCUGGUAUUGCGGUUGUAGCAGUCAUGUGUAAACCUCACAGAUGUCCCCAUAUAGCCUACACGGGAAACAUCUGUGUAUAUUGUCCAGGGGGGCCAGAUUCAGACUUUGAAUACUCGACCCAGUCAUAUACCGGGUAUGAGCCGACUUCAAUGAGAGCCAUUCGGGCUAGAUAUGAUCCUUACGAACAGGCUCGAGGCAGACUAGAGCAGUUGAGACUGUUGGGCCAUUCCAUAGACAAAGUUGAGUACAUUAUCAUGGGUGGAACAUUCAUGUCACUUCCCAUCGAUUACAGAGAAGGCUUCAUCACCCAGUUACACAACGCAUUAACAGGUUAUAACGGUAAGGACAUUGACGAAGCCAUCAAAUAUUCCCAACAAUCACAGACUAAGUGUGUGGGAAUAACCAUUGAAACUAGACCCGAUUACUGUACUGAAACCCAUUUGAGCGACAUGUUGAAGUACGGAUGUACCAGAUUGGAAAUCGGGGUACAGUCGGUAUAUGAGGAUGUAGCAAGAGACACGAAUAGAGGACAUACGGUUAAGGCUGUCUGUGAAACCUUUGCUGUAGCCAAAGAUGCUGGGUACAAGGUGGUGAGUCAUAUGAUGCCUGACUUGCCCAAUGUAGGCAUGGAAAGAGACUUGGAACAAUUUAAGGAAUACUUUGAGAAUCCCGAGUUCAGAACUGACGGCUUGAAGUUGUACCCCACAUUGGUCAUUAGAGGCACUGGAUUGUACGAGUUGUGGAAGAAAGGGUUAUAUAAGUCAUACAAUGCGAAUGCCUUGAUAGACUUGGUGGCUCGUAUCAUGGCCAUGGUACCUCCAUGGACACGUAUCUAUCGUGUGCAAAGAGAUAUCCCUAUGCCGUUAGUCACGUCGGGUGUAGAAAACGGAAACUUGAGAGAAUUGGCUCUUGCCAGAAUGAAAGACUUUGGCACCACCUGUAGAGACGUACGUACAAGAGAAGUCGGAAUCCAAGAAGUUCAUCACAAAGUUGUACCAGACCACGUGGAAUUGAUUAGAAGAGAUUACUAUGCCAAUGGAGGCUGGGAAACUUUUUUGUCGUACGAAGACCCAAAGAAGGAUAUUUUGAUUGGCUUGUUGAGAUUGCGUAAGGCUUCUAAGAAGUACACAUACAGAAAGGAAUUCACCAACCAACCUACCUCUAUCAUCAGAGAAUUGCAUGUCUACGGUUCUGUUGUGCCCUUGCACUCCAGAGACCCUAGAAAGUUCCAGCAUCAAGGGUUUGGUACCUUGUUAAUGGAAGAAGCUGCCAGAAUCGCCAAGGAAGAACAUGGUUCUGAAAAGAUCUCGGUCAUUUCGGGUGUAGGUGUAAGAAACUACUACGCAAAACUUGGCUACCAUUUGGAUGGUCCAUAUAUGUCUAAAUGGCUUAACGACGAGGAAUAG